UAGACUUUGACACUUGAGCUUUCAAUUUUAAUAAUAUAUUCUUCAUUCCCCUUCACUUUUUCUCUCUCACUAUUAUUUCACACUUCUAUGCACUUCUGUCCCUGUUAUUCCCUAGAAUCUCUCUCUCUGUCUCAGGCACACAAAAAAACACAUACACACACUAGUGGAUUCCUUGCUUUAGCUUCAAAUUUCUGCUAAUUAAUCUUUUGCUUUCCUUUUUUCUCCACCUCAAUUUCGUUUUCGUCAUCUUCCCUCAGUUUCCCAAUCUUUUUUGGUCUCAAGAAACCCUAAUUCUUCUAAAAUUCACGGAUUUUCAAAUACCAUAUUGUGAUUCAGCUUAAAGGUGUUGAAUUUAGGUUGUUUGUGGAGUUGGAAUUUUGGGAAAAUCUGGGAAUUUUAUAAAUUUCUUUAAAAAUUGAUCCUCUUUGUGUUAAAUUUAAAACCUUAAUUUCCAAAUUUGGUAUCCUUUUUGGGUUUGCUUAGUUUGUGAAGGAUAAGAAAAUGGAUAAAUACGAGCUUGUGAAAGAUAUAGGGUCAGGGAAUUUUGGUGUGGCAAGGCUGAUGAGGCACAAGGAAACCAAAGAGCUUGUGGCUAUGAAAUACAUUGAGAGAGGACAUAAGAUUGAUGAGAAUGUAGCAAGGGAGAUCAUUAAUCAUAGAUCACUUCGACAUCCAAACAUAAUUCGAUUCAAGGAGGUGUUAGUGACUCCCACUCAUCUUGCCAUUGUUAUGGAAUAUGCAGCUGGUGGAGAACUGUUUGAGCGCAUUUGCAAUGCAGGAAGGUUUAGUGAAGAUGAGGCUAGGUACUUUUUCCAGCAGCUUAUUUCAGGAGUCCACUACUGUCACAACAUGCAAAUAUGCCAUAGAGAUUUGAAGCUGGAGAAUACCCUUCUUGAUGGAAGUCCAGCUCCACGCUUGAAGAUAUGUGAUUUUGGAUACUCAAAGUCGUCCCUGUUGCAUUCGAGGCCAAAAUCAACUGUUGGGACUCCAGCUUAUAUUGCUCCUGAGGUCCUAUCCAGAAGAGAAUAUGAUGGCAAGCUGGCUGAUGUUUGGUCAUGCGGGGUGACACUUUAUGUAAUGCUGGUUGGGGCAUAUCCUUUUGAAGAUCAGGAGGAUCCAAAGAAUUUUAGGAAAACUAUUCAACGAAUAAUGGCGGUACAGUACAAGAUUCCCGACUAUGUUCACAUAUCACAAGAUUGUAGGCACCUUCUCUCUCGGAUAUUUGUUGCUAAUCCAGCAAGGAGGAUCACAAUCAAAGAAAUCAAGUCUCACCCAUGGUUUUUGAAGAAUUUGCCGAGAGAAUUAACAGAAGCAGCACAGGCAGCUUAUUACAGAAGAGAGAACCCAACAUUUUCACUUCAGAGUGUUGAGGAGAUCAUGAAAAUUGUGGAAGAGGCCAAGACUCCCGCUCCAGCUUCCCGUUCAGUCUCAGGUUUUGGCUGGGGAGGAGAAGAAGAAGAAGAGGAGAAGGAAGGAGAUGUAGAAGAAGAGGAAGAGGGUGAAGAAGAAGAAGACGAAUAUGAAAAGCAAGUGAAGCAGGCACAUGAAAGCGGAGAAGUUCGUCUCACCUAAGUGUACAUUAUCAUAUUUUCUCAUAAAGAACUGUGGACAAACCCCUAGGCCUAAAUUAUCUUUUUUUGGCUUGUGAAAGACUAUAGCUUUUGGCAUUUCAUGGUUGUGUAGAAGUUGUUUCACCUAGGCCUUACAUUAUCUUUUUUUGCUUGUGGAAAGUUGCACUUUCUUUUAAGUGUGGGGCAUUUCAUGGUUGUGUAAAAUUUGUUUCUUUCCUGCUGUGUGGAAUUCAAGAAGUCUGUAAAAAUUUUGAGUUUUUUGGUAAGGAUGCUUGUGAAUUAUGUUACCAUGAGACAAAGGAAAUGGUGCACUGAAGUUGAAACUCGAAUGAGCUUAA